AUGGACACUAUUUUGACAGCUGGAGAUGGGGGGAACGAGAGGGCAUGGAGGGACGAGGGGGAUUGGAGGGACGAAAGGGAGUGGAGGGGUGAAAGAGAUUGUAAGGACGAACUGAAGAAAGCGCGGAAAGCGUUGGCGGAGGCAAGGCGGCGGGAAGAGGAGCUGGAAGGAGUGGUGCGGGAGGGCGAGAGGGCGAUGGGGGAGCUGGACGAGUGGAUUGGGCGCAAGGUGGGAACGAUGUCGUCAGUAGUUGCCGUACUUCGAGAGGAGUGGCUCACGAGAGCCGUGAUGUCUCUGGAUGAGGGAACUCGCAAGCGCGCGCGCAUGGCGGAUGGUUCGUGCGCGCAUCCGAUGAUGAUGAUGAUGGAGAUUGAGAGAGGAGAACGAGGAGAUGAUGCAGAAGCAGUGGGAAGAGGAGAACGAGGAGGGGGGGAGGAAGAGGGGGUGAGGGACGAGGCGGAGGAAGAGGGGGUGAGGGACGAGGCGGAGGAAGAGGGGGUGAGGGACGAGGCGGAGGAAGAGGGGGUGAGGGACGAGGCGGAGGAAGAGGGGGUGAGGGACGAGGCGGAGGAAGAGGUGGUGAGGGACGAGGCGGAGGAAGAGGGGGUGAGGGACGAGGCGGAGGAAGAGGGGGUGAGGGACGAGGCGGAGGAAGAGGGGGUGAGGGACGAGGCGGAGGAAACGACCAAGGCAAUGGAUGAGACGAUGGGCGAUGGGCUCGAGGUUUCCGGGAAUGAGACUUGCAGGCAAGGGUUUGAGGGGAGGGCUGGGUUCACGCAAGUGGAAGGAGCAAGCGACGAGGCAGAGGAGAAUCACGACAACGAAGCAGAGGGAGAGGAAGGGCGGGUGACAGGGUCAGCAGAUCACGUGGCAAUGCAAGAAGCAGAGCAAGGGGCAGACCAAGGAGCAAAGCAGGGGGGAGGGCAAGAAGCAGAGCAGGGGGGAGGGCAAGAAGCAGAGCAAGGGACAGGGCAAGGAGCAGUGCAGGGGUUAGGGCAAGGAGCAGAGCAAGGGACAGGGCAAGGUGCAAAGCAGGGGGGAGGGCAAGAAGCAGAGCAAGGGACAGGGCAAGGUGCAAAGCAGGGGGGAGGGCAAGAAGCAGAGCAAGGGACAGGGCAGGAAGCAGAGCAGGGGGUAAGGCAAGAAGCAGAGCAGGGGGUAAGGCACGGAGCACAACAGGGUUUAUGGGAGGAGCGAGCAGCGGAUUCGAACAGGCAGUCAGUGAGGCAGCCGGUUGCAAGGGAGAGAGGCGUGAAAGAGGAGGUUCUUGACGAUCUUCCCAUCCUGCAGUGCCGGGAGCAAAGAAGUGGCGCGAGUGGAUUCGGGAGGAGCGGAGCCAGCAAUGCGGAGGUGAGGGCAAGGCUGCAGGGAAGGAUCAAUGCUAUACUGCAAUUCCGCCCCCACAGGCAGGGAAGAGUUACCCGGGAGAUCGACUGGGUGGUUUCGCAGCUCUCCUCCCAGGACCCCACGGCUACAGAGCUCACUCUCUGUAACCUCUCCCUCGCCUUGUACCUGCACCUCACGCCCCUCUGCUACGCGCACUGCCUGCCAUCCAUCACCACCCUCGACCUCCGCCGGGUCAACCCUGUCUCGCCGCUCGCCAUGAGGCACCUCCUCCGCCUGCCCUCCCUCACAGCCCUUCACUUCCACGAAACUUCCAUCCAUGCAGAUGCGCUGCCACUCUUGCAGUGCAUCCCUCGCCUCCACCGGCUCGUCGUAGCCUGCUUUGACCCCUUUGACCUGCUUCCCAACGUACCACCCAAGCGCCACGGCAGCCGGUCCCCUCUGUGUGAUACCAUCAGCAAUCUCCAGCCAUUUCAGCCGUUUCAGUGCUUGCGAGAGCUGCAUGUGAGCCGCGUGACUGACUCUAUUCUGCAGCAGGUGGGGGUGCUGACGAGCCUUGAGGCCUUGUCCUGCACGUGCAGCAAAGGGGUGAGUGCAAAGGGAUGGGUCCACCUCAGGGGACUGGUGAAGCUGAAGAGGCUGCUGCUGGCGCCGACAAUCAUCACCAGGCACCCGGGAUCCAACGACCACCACUUCGGCAACCCCUUCCACGGCCAACGCUUUGGGCCGAAGCUAGUUGGGCCAAAGCUAGACUUCUCGAGAUCUCGCCUGCCAGAGGUAAUCAGAACCUUCCAAAAGCCUCCCAAGAAAGGGGCUGCCUGCGCGAGUGAGGAUUUUGGCAACCGCAUCGACGGCAGCAUAUGGGAGGUGGUGGGUGGGCUAGCGGGCCUGCAGCACUUGGAGGUGCACGCAGCAGAGCCCAGCACAGCAGCACUGCGAUCCCUCUCCAACCUCAGGUGGCUCGAGUCCCUCUCCAACCUCAGGUGGCUCGAGUCCCUCCACAUCGCGGAUACGGCGCUUCAUGAUGCUGACCUAGUGUUCUUGACUCGCCUCCCCCUGCUCACCCACCUCAGCCUGCCUGCCUGCACGUUCGCAGCAGACCGGGCUGUGAGGUCGGUGAUCCAAGGCAUGGCGCAGCUGAAGGCGCUGGACCUGUCGGGAGCGGCCAUCAGCCACGGCGCUGCUGUGCAUCUGCGUGUGCUUGAGCGGCUGGAGCGGUUGAAGCUGCAGCAGUGCAGCGGCAUGAGCAAGGUGUUCGUGAAGCAUCUCAGCCGCAUUCCCUCGCUGAGGCAGUUGGACCUGGGCUGCAACAGCAUGCAGCACGCUUGGCUGCUGCCGAUUCUGAAAGGAAAGAAGGUGGCUCGCCUUGGGGUAGGUGGGUGCGGGUUCGUGGAACGAACAGUGCGUGGGAUCCAGCGGGCUUGGAUUGAGAUCGACUCCCACUGA